AUGGGUUCCAGGAUAGUGGCUGACUUUUUGGAAUUGUUGGGCGGUGGUGAGAGGUCUUCUCACAGUGGAGCAGAUCAGUCAGUGAUUCAGGGCCACUUUGAUCGAGGCUCCCAUGCUGGACAUACAGGCAUGGACUGGAAAGAGGAAGUGGAGGCCUACCUGAGCAUUGAUGAAACAGGUUCAGGCCCACUCGAGGGGGGUACCCGGGGAUUCAGCCAGUUGGCCUCUUUCACCCUGAUUCCUCUGUUUUGUCAUCCCACAGGAUCUUUUCGGAAUGAUGGUUUGAAAGCUUCUGAUGUCCUUCCCAUCCUAAAGGAAAAAGUGGCCUUCGUGUCUGGGGGCCGUGAUAAGCGAGGUGGACCCAUUCUGACCUUCCCUGCUCGCAGCAAUCAUGACAGAAUAAGACAGGAAGACCUGCGGAAACUCGUGACCUAUUUGGCCAGCGUGCCAAGUGAGGACGUGUGCAAACGUGGCUUCACCGUCAUCAUCGACAUGCGGGGCUCCAAGUGGGACCUCAUCAAGCCCCUCCUCAAGACGCUACAGGAAGCCUUUCCAGCUGAGAUCCAUGUGGCCCUCAUCAUCAAACCCGACAACUUCUGGCAGAAACAGAAGACCAACUUUGGCAGCUCCAAAUUCAUCUUUGAGACAAGCAUGGUGUCCGUGGAGGGCCUCACGAAACUGGUGGACCCCUCCCAGCUGACCGAGGAGUUUGAUGGCUCACUGGACUACAACCACGAAGAGUGGAUCGAGCUGCGGCUCUCCCUGGAGGAGUUCUUCAACAGUGCUGUGCACCUGCUCUCACGCCUCGAGGACCUACAGGAGAUGCUGGCCCGGAAGGAGUUCCCCGUGGACGUGGAAGGCUCACGGCGCCUCAUCGACGAGCACACGCAGCUCAAGAAGAAGGUGCUGAAGGCCCCUGUGGAGGAGCUGGACCGGGAGGGGCAGCGGCUGCUGCAGUGUAUCCGCUGCAGUGAUGGCUUCUCAGGGCGCAACUGCAUCCCGGGUAGCGCCGACUUCCAGAGCCUGGUGCCCAAGAUCACCAGCCUCCUGGACAAGCUGCACUCCACCCGGCAGCACCUGCACCAGAUGUGGCAUGUGCGCAAGCUCAAGUUGGACCAGUGCUUCCAGCUACGGCUUUUUGAGCAGGAUGCCGAGAAGAUGUUCGACUGGAUAAGCCACAACAAGGAGUUAUUCCUCCAGAGCCAUACGGAGAUCGGCGUGAGCUACCAGCAUGCUCUAGACCUCCAGACACAGCACAAUCACUUUGCCAUGAACUCCAUGAAUGCUUAUGUCAAUAUCAACCGCAUCAUGUCCGUGGCUUCCCGCCUCUCUGAGGCCGGCCAUUACGCCUCACAGCAAAUCAAGCAGAUUUCCACACAGCUGGACCAGGAGUGGAAGAGCUUCGCUGCUGCUCUGGAUGAACGCAGCACCAUCCUUGCCAUGUCUGCGGUAUUCCACCAGAAGGCUGAGCAGUUCCUGUCAGGAGUGGACGCCUGGUGCAAGAUGUGCAGUGAGGGUGGCCUGCCAUCCGAGAUGCAGGACCUGGAGCUGGCAAUCCACCAUCAUCAGUCCUUGUAUGAGCAGGUGACCCAGGCCUACACGGAGGUCAGCCAAGAUGGCAAAGCACUGCUGGAUGUGCUGCAGCGUCCCCUGAGUCCUGGGAACUCUGAGUCCCUCACGGCCACUGCCAACUACUCCAAGGCGGUGCACCAGGUGCUGGACGUGGUGCACGAGGUGCUGCACCACCAGCGGCGGCUCGAGAGCAUCUGGCAGCACCGCAAGGUGCGGCUCCACCAGCGGCUGCAGCUCUGUGUAUUCCAGCAAGACGUGCAACAGGUGUUGGAUUGGAUUGAAAACCAUGGUGAGGCCUUUCUCAGCAAACACACCGGGGUUGGGAAGUCCCUGCAUCGAGCCCGGGCCCUGCAGAAGAGGCAUGAUGACUUUGAAGAGGUGGCUCAGAAUACCUACACCAACGCGGACAAGCUCCUAGAGGCUGCAGAGCAGCUGGCUCAGACGGGGGAAUGUGACCCCGAGGAGAUCUACAAGGCAGCUCGACACCUGGAGGUGCGCAUCCAGGACUUUGUGCGCAGGGUGGAACAGCGGAAGCUUCUCCUGGACAUGUCUGUCUCCUUCCACACACACACCAAAGAGUUGUGGACAUGGAUGGAAGACCUUCAGAAGGAGAUGCUGGAGGACGUCUGUGCAGACUCAGUGGAUGCGGUCCAGGAACUGAUCAAGCAGUUCCAGCAGCAGCAGACUGCCACUCUGGAUGCCACGCUCAAUGUCAUCAAGGAAGGCGAAGACCUUAUCCAGCAGCUCAGGUCAGCGCCUCCCUCCCUGGGGGAGCCCAGCGAGGCCAGGGACUCGGCUGUGUCCAACAACAAGACACCCCACAGCAGCUCCAUCAGCCACAUCGAGUCAGUCCUUCAGCAGCUGGAUGAUGCCCAGGUACAGAUGGAGGAGCUGUUCCACGAGCGGAAGAUCAAGCUAGACAUCUUCCUGCAGCUGCGCAUCUUCGAGCAAUAUACCAUUGAGGUGACAGCAGAGCUAGACGCCUGGAAUGAAGACUUGCUCCGGCAGAUGAAUGACUUCAAUACAGAGGAUCUGACGCUCGCGGAGCAGCGGCUGCAACGCCACACGGAGCGGAAGCUGGCCAUGAACAACAUGACCUUCGAGGUCAUCCAGCAGGGUCAGGAUCUGCACCAGUACAUCAUGGAGGUCCAGGCCUCAGGAAUUGAGUUAAUCUGUGAGAAAGACAUCGAUCUGGCAGCCCAGGUACAAGAGCUACUGGAGUUUCUCCAUGAGAAGCAGCACGAACUGGAGCUCAACGCAGAGCAGACCCAUAAGCGGUUAGAGCAGUGCCUCCAGCUGCGGCACCUGCAGGCCGAGGUCAAACAGGUCCUGGGAUGGAUCCGCAAUGGGGAGUCAAUGCUUAAUGCCAGCCUGGUCAAUGCCAGCUCUUUGUCUGAAGCAGAGCAGCUGCAGAGGGAACACGAGCAGUUCCAACUGGCAAUCGAGUCCCUCUUUCAUGCCACUUCCUUGCAGAAGACGCACCAGAGCGCCCUGCAGGUACAGCAGAAAGCUGAGGCUCUGCUCCAGGCCGGCCACUAUGAUGCCGAUGCCAUCCGGGAAUGUGCCGAGAAGGUGGCCCUCCACUGGCAGCAGCUCAUGCUGAAGAUGGAAGACCGGCUAAAACUAGUCAAUGCCUCUGUGGCAUUUUAUAAAACUUCUGAACAGGUCUGUAGUGUCCUAGAGAGUUUAGAGCAAGAAUACCGGAGAGAUGAGGACUGGUGUGGUGGACGAGACAAACUGGGACCAGCAGCAGAGAUGGACCACGUCAUCCCACUCAUCAGUAAACAUUUGGAACAAAAGGAGGCCUUUCUUAAGGCCUGUACCCUGGCGCGGCGGAACGCUGAAGUGUUUCUCAAGUACAUCCACAGGAACAACGUCAGCAUGCCCAGUGCCGCCAGCCACACGCGGGGACCUGAGCAGCAAGUGAAAGCCAUCUUGAGUGAGCUCUUACAGAGGGAGAAUCGCGUCCUGCACUUCUGGACCUUGAAGAAGCGACGGUUAGACCAGUGCCAGCAAUAUGUGGUGUUUGAACGCAGUGCUAAGCAGGCGCUGGACUGGAUCCAAGAAACAGGUGAAUAUUACCUCUCAACACAUACCUCCCCCGGAGAGACCACAGAGGAGACUCAGGAACUGCUGAAAGAGUAUGGGGAAUUCAGGGUGCCCGCCAAGCAAACAAAGGAGAAGGUGAAGCUUCUGAUUCAACUGGCCGAUAGCUUUGUGGAAAAAGGCCACAUUCAUGCCACAGAGAUCAGGAAAUGGGUGACCACAGUGGACAAGCAUUACAGAGACUUCUCCUUGAGGAUGGGAAAGUACCGGUACUCCCUGGAGAAAGCCCUCGGCGUCAACACAGAGGACAAUAAGGACUUGGAGCUGGACAUCAUCCCAGCAAGCCUUUCAGAUCGUGAGGUCAAGCUACGGGAUGCCAACCACGAAGUCAAUGAAGAGAAGCGGAAGUCAGCCCGGAAGAAAGAAUUCAUUAUGGCUGAAUUACUGCAGACAGAGAAGGCGUAUGUAAGGGACUUACAUGAGUGCUUAGAGACCUACCUGUGGGAAAUGACCAGUGGCGUGGAGGAGAUCCCCCCUGGGAUCCUUAAUAAAGAGCAUAUCAUCUUUGGCAACAUCCAGGAGAUCUACGAUUUUCAUAACAACAUCUUCCUCAAAGAGCUGGAGAAGUAUGAGCAGCUGCCUGAGGAUGUGGGACACUGCUUUGUUACCUGGGCAGACAAAUUUCAGAUGUACGUCACCUACUGUAAAAACAAGCCUGAUUCCAACCAGCUGAUCCUGGAGCAUGCAGGCACCUUCUUUGAUGAGAUACAGCAGCGGCACGGUCUGGCCAACUCCAUCUCUUCCUACCUAAUCAAGCCCGUCCAGAGGAUCACCAAGUACCAGCUGCUCCUGAAGGAACUUUUAACUUGCUGCGAAGAAGGGAAGGGAGAGCUCAAGGAUGGCCUGGAGGUGAUGCUCAGUGUCCCAAAGAAAGCCAAUGAUGCCAUGCAUGUCAGCAUGCUGGAAGGGUUCGACGAGAACCUGGAUGUGCAGGGGGAGCUGAUUCUCCAGGAUGCCUUUCAAGUGUGGGACCCAAAGUCACUGAUCCGGAAGGGGCGAGAGCGGCACUUGUUCCUCUUUGAGAUCUCCUUGGUUUUUAGCAAGGAGAUCAAAGACUCUUCAGGACACACGAAAUAUGUUUACAAGAACAAGCUACUGACCUCAGAGCUGGGUGUGACGGAGCACGUAGAAGGUGAUCCCUGCAAAUUCGCCUUGUGGUCUGGGCGCACCCCUUCCUCAGACAAUAAAACAGUGCUGAAAGCCUCCAACAUAGAAACCAAGCAGGAGUGGAUCAAGAACAUUCGAGAGGUGAUUCAGGAGAGGAUCAUUCACCUGAAAGGAGCUUUAAAGGAGCCAAUUCAACUCCCCAAAACACCAGCCAAACAGAGGAACAAUAGUAAGAGGGAUGGAGUGGAGGAUGUUGACAGCCAGGGGGAUGGAAGCAGCCAGCCAGACACCAUCUCUAUCGCCUCUAGGACCUCUCAGAAUACAGUGGACAGUGACAAGGAUGGCAACCUUGCUCCUCGGUGGCACCUGGGACCUGGAGAUCCUUUCUCCACUUACGUUUAGCGCGCAGCCUGGGACUUGUCCCUGCAGCUCACCGGGUUAGCCGUGCCGCCGUUGGGACCUCCCACCUGGACUCCCAUCACCCACCUCUCUUGAGACUGCUCUGGCAGGGCUGGUGUGGGGUACAGCCUUUGCUCAGAGGGCAACAUGUUCCAGGCAAAAUCUGCCCCCCUGGGCCAUGGGCUUGCCCCUCGGGCUCCCUGCUUCUCUACCAGGUGCGAUUCGAGGUUGCUGAGCUUCUCUCCAAAGUUGAAUAUGGUGGGACGGUAGGGAUCUGUGAGAGGCCCCAUGACCCAAGCCACUCCCCCUGACUCCCAAUCCAAACACCAGGCACCCCAGGUCCUCUUCGCCCCGGGCGUCUGCCAUGUGAGUGGGCAUGCUCAUCCGAGGGACAUACUUAUCUCUGG